AUGGCCAGCGUGUCACUGCCGGCCGCUUACUCUCCCAUGGCCAAGGGCGACACCGAGGUGCUGUCGCGGAGGACUUUCCCAGGCCAGGGAGAGUCUCGGGAGGCUGCAUCAUUGCUGGCCGCGACCUCACACGCUGCUGAAAUCUCCGGACUAAAGCAGAAGCUGGAGCGGGCCGAGAAGGAGCUCGGCCAAGCGAGGAAGGAGCUAGUAGACCAACAAGGAGCAACAACCGAGGUCGAGGCCCUUAAGAAGGCCCUGGCCGAAGCCGAGGAGAAUGCUGCCAAAGAGCAAGCCGCUCGCAAGAAGCUCAAGGCCAGGGUCAAUGAGGUUCAACAAGAGCUCCAAGAUGCUGUGAAGAAGUGCAAGGCCUUGGAGUGCAAUGUUUCGGCCCGAGAGGCCGAACUCGCCAAGGCCCGCCAGAGCGCGGAAGAAGCCCGGCCGUCGCCGGAGAGGCCUGCGCCGGGCCGCCCUGCCACGCCGGACCCCUCCCCGAGGCCCCUGCGCCGCCCCGCCCUGCUGCCGUCCUCCUCCCCACGGUCCCUGCGCCGCCCCGUCGCGCCCCGUCGUCGGAGAGGCCUGCGCCGGGCCGCCCCGCCGCGCCGGACCCCUCCCCGAGGCCCCUGCGCCGCCCCGCUGCCGUCCUCCUCCCCGCGGCCCCUGCGCCGUCCCGCCCCACCGGCCGACCUCGCCGGAGCAAGAGGUUAG